GGCGGAGGCUUUGGGGGGUCCAGCCCCACCCGUGCCUCUCUUGGAGAGGAGGGUGGAGGAGGAGAGGAGGAGGGGCCCCAGCCCUGCCCUGUCCUGGGCGGGGCUCCCUAUCCAGCCGCAGAAUUUCCUGCCAGUUCCCGUGACCUCCUAGAAUGGUCGGUGCUGGAAGAAGCAGACACAACACGGUGCCAGACGCCACGAGUGAGGCGUGCUCGGGAGCCCCCCAGGCCAGAAACCUGGUUUCCCCACCCCCCAGGAUCACAUCCUCUCCUGCAUAGAGUUUGGGGGGAGAGGAGGAGGAAAGAGGCAAGAGGGAAGGCAGGGACCGUAGAGACCACAGGGCUUUGGCACGGACGCCGGGUCCUGUUCCCCUUGGCUGGCCUGAGGCCUCUUUCCUGCCACACCCUCUCUCCGUCUUCUCUGAGAACACUCGGCUGCUUUCUUCUUGGGAUGCGAGAAAACCAAAGGGCAGGGCCAAUCCCGGGGUCUGGGUGUCUUCCUCCUGGGAGAUUAUCUCAGCCUGAGCCCGACACCUCCCUGGGCCGGGAGCCAUGGAUGCCGCUCUGCUCCUGAACGUGGAAGGGGUCAAGAAAACCAUUCUGCAUGGAGGCGCAGGGGAGCUCCCAAACUUCAUCACGGGGUCCCGGGUGAUCUUUCACUUCCGCACCAUGAAAUGCGACGAGGAGCGGACGGUGAUAGAUGACAGCAAGCGCGUGGGCCACCCCAUGCACAUUAUCCUCGGAAACAUGUUCAAGCUCGAGGUCUGGGAAGUACUGCUGACGUCCAUGCGGCGAGGCGAGGUGGCUGAGUUCUGGUGUGACUCCAUCCACACAGGGGUCUACCCCAUCCUGUCCCGGAGCCUGCGGCAGGUGGCGGAGGGCAAGGACCCCACGGAGUGGCACGUACACACGUGUGGGCUGGCCAACAUGUUCGCCUACCACACACUGGGCUACGAGGACCUGGACGAGCUGCAGAAGGAGCCGCAGCCUCUGAUCUUCGUGAUCGAGCUGUUGCAGGUCGAGGCCCCGAGUGAGUACCAGAGGGAGACGUGGAGCCUGAACAACGAGGAGAAGAUGCAGGUGGUGCCCCUCCUCCACGGGGAGGGGAACCGCCUCUUCAAGCUGGGCCGCUACGAGGAAGCCUCCAGCAAGUACCAGGAGGCCAUCGUCUGCCUGAGGAACCUGCAGACCAAGGAGAAGCCCUGGGAGGUGCAGUGGCUGAAGCUGGAGAAAAUGACCAACACCCUGAUCGUGAACUACUGUCAGUGUCUGCUGAAGAAGGAGGAGUACUACGAGGUGCUAGAGCAUACCAGCGACAUCCUGCGGCUCCACCCAGUGAAUCCCUUUGCCGGGCUCCUGGAUGAGGAGCUGGUCCGACAGCGUCUCUGUACCAGUGACAGCUCAAGGACCGGCCGCCGGAAACCCUCCUCCCCAGCUCCACGUCUGGGUCUGCCGCUGCCUUGGGGGCCGGGCCCCCACGGCUGAGGAGGAGUGAAAUCAGCUGACCCUGACAUGGGGAGAUGACCCUGGAGUGUCUGGUGGGUCUUCAGAACCACGAGGGGCCUGCAGAGUGGAGGAGGGGACCAGAGAGAGGGACUCCACCAGACGCUGCCGGCCGGGAAGGUGGGGGAAGGGGCCACGCGUGCCGAGGGACGUGGAUGCUCCCCAGAAGACGGACUCACCCCUAGAACCUCCUGGAAGGAACCCAGCCCUGCCAACAUCUUGAUUACAGCCCAGUGAGGCCCAUUUUGGACGUCUGAACCCCAAGACUGUGAGAUGGUAAAUGUUGUGUUGUUUUAAGCCACUUCUUUUGUGGACAUUUGUUACCACAGCUGGGGAGGACUAGCUGAGCACGGCGCUGUUUGUGUGGGGCUGGGUACCAGGUGGACGGUGUCAGGGACACAGGGACUGACUCUGGAUGGAGAGGAACGUCCCUGAGCUCAGGAUGGCUCAGCAUCCGCGUUAGCUGCUGGAUGGCGGAGGUCAGCAGCAGUGUCCAGGGCCUGGUCAGGGUGAGGGGAUUGGCCUGAGCUUCUCCCAGGUGAGCCCCCCAUUGGUCCCACGGCCUUGUAGACCAGAGACCUGGGUCUCCAUGUCCACUCUUGUCUUUCCGUUGCUCAGUUGUCUCCCAAAGAAUAUUUUACCCCUUCGGUACGAGAGUCCCGGCUUUCAAACUAUUCGAGACUGACACCCUCGGGGGAGCUGGGGAAGUCCUGUCCACGCUGCCAAGAACGGGGUCAAUGACAGCAGCGAGGUCCCAAGUCCAGGACCCAUUCUUUUAGGAUGAAGAUGGACGGGCGCCACUGCGUUUGGGAGGUCACGGGAGGUCUCGGGUGGUCUGCAGACACAGUUCUCCAGCAGGUAUUCCUCAACAUCAUGAAGUCCUAAUUCCCAUGUAGCUUUGGCACAAAGACCCAGAAGCCGGCUAUUUAGGAUCUCUGCGAACCCACAGCAUUCGGGGCAUGAGAGUCUGAGGCACCAGACGGAAAGAGCGGCUUCGUGCCUGCGUCCCCAACCUCCCAUCCUGCGAGCCCACCACAAGGAAAAUAAAAUUAGAAUUACAAUAAUCUGCCAAACUUGCUCCCCCCCAUCGCACUGUAUGAUUCCAGCUAAUUUUAUCAUUUUUCCGAUUGCCAAUUUGAAAAUACAUCCACUCAGAAGGUUCACAAAGAUCAGCUCUCGGUUUUCAGUUUCGGCUUCACCGGUGGGGUUUUCUUCCUGCAACCUUCAGCAGCUGCGUUAAAAUCUACACGGGACAGAACCACUCAUCCUGGUUUUAAGUAAAGAAAAAGUAAAAUGAGAGAGUAAAACACAAACUAUUGAAAGGGACACAGACGCUGGUCAACAGAACCGGGAGGAGGAGAGCCGUUGUGUGUUUUUACUGCGGCGAGAUCGCUGAGUCACAGGUGUGUGUCUUUAAGGGAAAGAAGUGGUUUAAAACAAUACACCCGAACCCACAGAUCAUCCUUCCAUCGUAACGAGGGUGUAAUUUGUAACAGCAUUUUUUUUUUUAAAGAUUUUAUUUAUUUAUUUGAGAGAGAGGGAACACAAGCAGGGGGAGUGGGAGAGGGAGAAGCAGGCUUCCCGCCGAGCAGGGAGCCCGAUGUGGGGCUCGAUCCCAGGACCCCGGGACCAUGACCUGAGCCGAAGGCAGACGCUUAACGACUGAGCCACCCAGGCGCCCCGUACCAGCAUUUUCUAUCAGACGGUUCGGGAGCGUUUUUUCUGUGGAACUGUCUGCUAGCUGAAACAUUAUCGCCUCGGAAAAGCACAGUAUUACAGAAAAAAAUAGUGCGUCUUUCAGGAAUGCACGUCCUGGCGUGCGGCGUGUAGAGGAAAGAGCGAGUGUCCAAGUAAACACGUAUCCAAGCAUUGAUUCCAGAGCAGCGGUGGGAACCACGCGUCCAGCAGGGGCGAGCAAGCGCCGUGGCCACGUGUCGCGUGGCGGUGAUGCGUGGUCUGAGCCAAGCCCGAGCUCCUGCACUUCCUCCCCGGGGUCUGCACGGGGCGGCCGUGGGAAGGGGGUGGCGGCUGCAUUCUUCCUGCUUCCCACCGCCUCCCUCAGCCACUGCCGCCGUGGUCCAAACCACCAUGGGCUCCCACCCGGUGCUCAGGACGCGCCCCGUGCUGGGUCCCUGCGCGUCCACCGCUCUUCCCUGUUUCAGCAAGCAGGUGGAGUGAUUCCGCGGCACGGUGGUUAGACCAGGUUGCUCCUGGGGUGUGAGCUCCUUCCCGGGUUCGGCUCCCUCCCGCACACAGGCGCGCCGGCGACCUGCCCGUCCUUGGGCAUCUUCACACUGACUCUGCCUCGGUUUCCCCAGACGCCGCAGACCUCCUCCCUCACCCCGUCCAGGCCCCUCUCGGUCAGGCCUUCCCUGGCUGCUCUGGCUGGAGUGGAGCCCCCAUCCUCCCCCAGCACCCCGUUCCCGCUUUACUUCCAGAGGCGGCCCAAUUUCCGCUCUGGUGUGAUUUCCUGCACUAGAAGGUAAACCCACAAAGGUGAGUUUAUCUGCCGACCUCGCUGCCGUGUUCCCGGAGCUGAAAACGGUGCCCGACCCAAGGAAGGCACUGAGACGUAAUUGUCCAGGGAUGGACUGGCUUAGCGUUCUGUGCAUCUACCAGAAAUUCCUUCCAAACAUCCGCGGGUUCCGUGCAGUCCCUCUUGGUGGUACUCCCCCGUGAUCCAUCAGCUUUUGAUUUUCCCUCCGGUGACAUUCCUUCCGUUCCUGCCUCACAGCGUCACUCAGGGACACCCCUUUGCCUCGCACUCCUUGUCUUCCGCACCUCCUAGGGCCCGUCUUUCUCUUUUUUCAUUUGCUCCUUCAUUUCAGGGACAGAGCGUCCUCCAGCGGGUUUCUGAGAAAAGGUGCGUGGCAGAUGGAGAUCACGCACGGCUGAGUGUAUUUAUUUUUCCUCCCCGCUCGACUGGUCGUGGGCUGGCUGAGAAUUUGAGGCUGGGGGCCAGUUUGGGGGCUUCGCGCCACUCUCCCAGCGUCCUCCGGCGGCUAUGACUCAGUCUUCUUGGGCUGCCACGAGGUAGCGCCACCGAACGGGGCCUUGCACAAAAGUCUUCUGUCUCCCACUUCUGGAGGCAGCAACUCCAAGACCAUGGCGGGCUCCUUCUGGGGGCGGGGGGCCAAUGCAUUCCACACCUGUCUCCUUGCCCCUGGAGGUUUCUGGUGCUCCUUGGCCUUGCUCAGCUGUCAUCACCCCGAAGUCUGUCCUCACCCUCACGUGGCAUCUCCUUGUGCGCGGGCCCGUGUCCAGUUUUUACGAGGACAUCUGUCCUGUUGGAUUCGGGGCCCGCUCUGCUACAGCGUGACCUCAUCUUAACUAGAGAUGUCAGUAUUGACCCUGUCCCCAAAUCUCAUCGCAUUCGAGGUGUCACGGUGAGGACUUGCCCAUAUGGGUUUUGGGGGAAUGUGGGUCAGCCUGGAGCGUACAGAGAGCCAUUUUCAUUCCUGAGCCUUUGGACGUGACUGCACGUGACUUCCCUCGGAAGCUUCUCAGGCCCUUCCUUACUCCUGACACUGGGAAAUUGCCCGACGACACGCCUUGGCGGGUCCUUGGCUUCCGUUCUCGCGGGCCACCAGUAAGCCGUUCCGUCUGCAAUGCUUGUCAUCUGCUCUGUCGUGUUUCCCGCCCCCACCCCGCCCCGUUCCAUCGGGCACUCGUCUCAGUUCCAUGUUGGACCUCAUGCACUGAUAUUCCAGACUUUAUACUCUUGAUUUCCUACUGACCGUGUCUUUUCUUGUCUUAUUUUUUGGGGAUAUUUCUUCAACUUUAUUUGCACAACUUUCCACUCGAUUUUGUAAUACUGCUAUUCUAGUAUUAAUUUCUCAGAGCUCUUGUUUAUGGUGGGGUCAUCUCUGUUUUAUGGAAUUCUGUUCCAGUUUUGUGGGGAACAGUAUAUAUAUAUAUUUUUUAUCUCCCCGAGGGUAUUGAUGGUAAGGUUUUUGAAAUGUCCCUUUUGCUCCUGUAUUAGCCUUAUUUAAUCAGAAGUCCCUGCUCGGUGUUUCUUACACCGGCGGUCGUCUCCAGGGUCUAGAGACCCUUGCUGGCCCAGCGCAUUUUUAAGGUGAGACAGUGAAAGUUUGGUUGUGGUGUCCGCACUUGGGCUGAGCUGCUGGUGGGCGGGCGGGCGUGGGGGCUUCCCUGCAGGACAAGCGAGCAGAGGCCUGGCUGCUCCCGGGCUCCCGGCUUCAGCGGGUUACCCAGGGAGGAAUACCCGGGCCUCAUUUGGAGAUCUGUAUCUGCCGGCAGACCCUCAGCGUUCAGGAUGCAGACGUUCACACCUGACCCUCUGCCUGCCCGGUGGCCCUGAGUGGGAGGCAAACCCACAUGCCUGUGGCUGGAAUGGCCGUAACUGCAGAUUCUGCUCCUCCCCCUGCUCCUUCUAUGUCCGGUGCGUCCGUGGGGCCUGGCGAGGUCGCUCCCCAUUGCCAGCAUCUGUGUUAUCCCAUCCCUCCCAGGCUGUUGUCGCUUUGACCCCACAGGUGCAUCUCCGCUCCUGUCUGGCCCUCUCUGCCUCUCUGGAUGGGCCAGACCAAGAGGACUGAAAAAGCCCUCUCCUCCAAGAAGCCCUCCAGGGUCCCCCCAUCCCAGCCUCAGCCCACAGUCCACAUCACUCUCGUGACACUUGCUUUUGAUUUGCCCUGUGGCGGUUUGCGGCCUUGACCACCUCUCCCCAUGCCAACCUCCCUCUCUGUGGGCCAGGCCUUGUCCCUUCUGAAUCUCCAGUACCUCCCACAGCACCCAGCACACAGUAGGUACACAGUGACUAGACAGCUGAGUUUGGGACUGGACCUUGUUCAUCUGUGGCUUAACACCAGGUGCCCCAGGGCGGUGUAUGUAAUUG